AUGCGGAGACGAAAAGAACCGAACCGGGCCGGAAAGAACCGAACCGGACCGGAAAGAACCGAACCGGGCCGGAAAGAACCGAACCGGACCGGAAGGAGCCGAACCGGACCGGAAGGAGUCGAACCGGGCCCCGAACCCGGGCCCGAACCGGGUCCGCCAUGUUGUCCCCCGGCCUCUCGCUCCUCCUCGGCCUCCUCAUGGCCGGGGGGGCGCGGGGGGGGGUGCGUGGAGGUGGACGCGGGGACGGAGGCGGUGCUGGGGGAGCCCUUCCGCCUGCUCUGCAUCGCCUGCAAGCGCCGCAGCGAGACCCCGGCCGAGGCCCAGAGCGAGUGGUUCUUCCGCCCCGAGGGCGCCCCCGAGUUCCAGAAGAUCCUGCACUACAGCCCGGAGGAGGGGCAGUGGGUGGCCCCGGGCCCCUUCGCGGGGCUGCUGGCCUGGAACGGCUCGCGGGGCACGCGGGACCUGCAGGACCUGUCGCUGUGGUUGGCGGCCGUGGGGCGGCCCCACGCCGGGCUCUACAUCUGCCGCCUGCGCCGCAACCUCACCUUCGAGGGCUACGUCUACAGCCUGGCCCGCAACAAGACCCUGCGCCUGGCCGUCGUCGACACCGCGCGGCGGGACCUGGCUUCCAUCGUCUCGGAGAUCCUGAUGUACGUCCUCAUCGUGGUGCUCACCCUCUGGCUGGCGGCCGAGAUGCUCUACUGCUACCGCAAGGUGGCGGCCGCCGCCCCGCCCCCCGACAGCGCCUCGGAGUACCUGGCCAUCACCUCGGAGAGCAAGGAGAACUGCGCCGGGGUGCAGGUGGCCGAGUAGGCGCCCCCCCCCCCCCCCCAACUUGUGGGUCUGCCCCACACACGCGCCCCCCC